GCGAAAGACUGUUACAGACUGCUGCUCCCUCAGGCUCACUAGUACUGGCGCACGGCUCGCUGUCCACAUAUUCAAACUGAGGAGGGACUUGCUCUACAAAGUGGCAUAAAGACUGAGUCAUACCUCAUGCCCGCCCGCCAGACUCAGCGCAAAGAAACGUCGAGCAGAGCGAGCUAUAAGUUCACGAGUGCAGCAGACAUCAAACGCGCUCUCAGUGCCGCAGAUGAACACGCAAUAGCGGAAGGCCUUACCGCUCUGCGAAACCAGUUAACCAUCAAGCAUGACGAGCCGCCUCUCAGUGUCAGUGACGACCGCCUGCUGCUAGUCAAGACAUGGUUGGAGAGUCACGGGGGUGCAGGGGAUCUGCUCACUAUAUGGGAAGCCACAUCUCCAAGACAAACGGCGGUCCUAGCACCUCUCGUCGGUGUCUUGUCCGCGCUCAUCACACUACUAUCUCCACAUUACCUGUAUCAUACGCUCGCACAACCGAUCAUCAAUAAUCUGUUUCUCCCACAAUGGGCACACCGGCUGAACACCUACCUAGGCGGCUCCCAUAACGAGUUGAUACUGGUCACGCUCAAGUUAUUUCAUGCAUUGUCAAGCUUUGCAAAUGGGCGCGAACGCAAGUCGCUCUUUGAUGUCUUCGCAUGGGAGGCGAAGUCAUUGCCCAAACUCCUUCAAAUGCGGCGGAAAGGGCGUGCGGAGGAAGGCUUCGACAUCUUGGUAAGGCCGGACAUUCGCACGCUCUUCGUGCUCAUCCUUCUGUCCUUCGUGGACACCGAAGCUCAAGCCUCGGUGAAGUCCGCCUUCCUGGAACAGCGCCGGGACAUAUUCUCUUCCCUCUUUCGAGGACUGUGGCAGGACCCGUACUCCGUCAUCCGUCGAGUACUGGAGGUUUGCUGGACCGGGAUAUGGUCUGACUUGAAGGUUAAGAGGACACUGAAGGUGCACGUCUUCAAUGAAACAGUGCUCGCCCAGUCAAUCAGAGUCUACGAACGUGACUCCGCGGAGGACGGCGUCCCCGACCACGUCCCUGCAGACGUCGUGCAUCAUUUCUUGCUUGCUAUAUGCACGCGUCCUGGAGUUGGCAUUUGCUUCAAGGACAGGGGAUGGUACCCACGUGACAACAGCUCCGACGACGGCGUAGGCCUCAACGCUGAAGACGAGGGGGAGGGCACUAGGUUGAAGAAGUUCAGCAAGAUCAACAACAAAAUCCUUGCCAACGUCCUGAAGACCUUGAAAGUCAACGAUGAUCCGCGCCAGCAGGAACUCGCUCUCAAGGUCAUCGCUGCCUGCCCCGAGCUCGUCGCAGGCUAUUGGGCCGCAGCAGCGCUCACUCUCGAGCCGCGACUCUCCUCUAAAUGGAUUGCCAACAUCGCUUUCUUCGGGCAAGUUAUCUCCCUACCAGUCCCCACCUCCUCCUUCCACCUCCUCCCUUCCUCCGGCCCCUCCUCUUCCAACACAUCCCCCACGCCACAAUAUAACCCCGUACCCCCGCCUCUCUUGACCAUCACCGAGAACAUCCUGCCCGCAGUCAACAUGAAGGCGCACCUCUCCCGCGGACUGCAAGUACCCUCCGCGCUCGUGCGCCACUGCAGCGCGCUCGCGCUUGCCAAGUGCCUGAUCAAGUACGACGCAGUCGUGCGCGCGUUCCGAGAGGUCGAACUCGCGCUCGAGGAGGACGCGGACGGGCAGUGGGCGCGGAGGCGCGCGGAGGUCGAGAGGGAGGUGCGGAGGCGCGUGCCGGACUUCCAAGUCGUGCUGGGGUUUGCGCAGAAGUCCGCUGAAGGAGCAAGUGUGCGCACGGGAACUGGUGUAGAUGCGGCAGGCGAUGUGUCUAUGGAACAGACGACGCAUUUGGUGAACCCUGUUCGAGGAGCGCUCCUCGCAGAGAGCGCCCAGAGGUUGCUGUGGUUGUACCAUCGAUGUAUGCCUGCGCUCGUCGCAGAGGCACGCUUUGACGUCGGCAAGCUCUUAUUGAGCUUGCAGAACGUCGUCGAUCGUCCGACAGCAAACUCGUCAUCGCGGACGGACGGUCUCGACGUCCUCCGGCAGCUCCACGUACUGAGGCUGCUCAGCGAAAGCGAUCAAUUCAAUUGGUCGGGCAAGGCUGGCGGAUCUCACAGCAACCUCUACGUCCUCCUCAAGAUGUACGCCGUCACCGGGAGCCCCGCCAUCCGCUCCGCGACCGCAGCAGUCCUCCGGCAGUCCCUCUCUAGCAGCCUUCUCUUUCAGCACGAGCCUGACGAGCUCGUGCUCUGGCUGAGGUCCCUCCCGGCCACAGUCCGCGCACCCGGCGCGCAAGCCCCAGACGGGGCACCGCUCACUGACGAGAGAGAAGCGGUAAUCACGUUCUUGGAUGACUGCGCUCAACUAUGCGGGAAGGGGCCCUAUCGCUACCUCGAGGGACUGCAAACGCUCUGUCGCGAAUAUGAUACCGAGGACGUCGAUAUGGACGGGACAGGCUAUCGCAUGGACGACGAGAGCCUCCCUAGCCCACUACUCAUAACAAUCGCGGAGCAGUUCGCCGCCAAGCUGAAGGGAGAGCACAUCUCUCCGUCAGACGCACUGGCGGUCGUGACGUUCGUGCGGAAGCUGGUGUGUCGGCUGAUGGGCAAGACGUGCCAGCUCGGCUACCUGGCUAGAUACGUUGAGCGGCUGCGCAGAGACGUUUGGCCGUUGUUGGAGUUCGCAGAGUAUCCUUCGAUGACGGUGGCUUGUCGGUGGGAGGCAGAGCACCUAGAGUCGCUAAUCUCGCAGGCCAAUUUCUCAGAGGCAGAGUCAAACACCAAGAGAAAUCCAGCGAUCGAAGUACACCUAGCAAAGGCAGAGUCACAGCCCGCUCUGGAUUCAGAGGCGGAACAAAGGGUUGCAGCAUUCGAGCUGAUCGACUGGUUCCGCUUCGUACAGCGUUCGCUUACUGCAUCCCAAGUGACUAGACUAAGCUCUGCGGUCGAGAAACUCUACAAACCUGCCCUCCGUGCGCUAUUUGAGUACCUCAGGCCAAAACAGCAUUGCGUCUGGGAAUGCCUUGACGUUACCAACCACUUUACAGAACUGCAAGACCAGUCAUCAUUCGAUGUGCUCUUCACUCAUUGUAGAGCCUCGCACUUGAAGGACCCCGCCGUUCGCGAGGUCUUAGCUACAUCUCUAGUCUCGAAGCUUUCCACGCUCCUGGAUGUCACCAGAGGGGUAGUUCUGGUGAACCAUAGGCUUCGUGCGAGUCUGGCCGCGGAGGAAGAGCCCGGAUCCAAGGAUGCACUGUUGUUGUUGGCGCAGGUCGCGAAACAUGCUAAAGGCAAGCUGCACUCUGACGAGUACAAGCAGUUGCUUGGACGCGUCUUCGAUAUGGUAUCCGUGAGGCAACUUUGUGAACAGCCGUUGUCGGUCAUGCUGCGUGAAGGACUGUCGUCUCUGUUGGGGUGUACACCCUCCUCUACGGGUGCGCUAGCCGGAUUCAGUCGCUUGUGGGCUCUCAGGGCAAGUGCGAAGAGCUUGAGCGAUGACGAGAUGGAAACUACACGGUUGUGGAUUCCGUAUGCAGACCCGAGUGAUCUCCUGGCUCUGCUGGACCUAUUCGCCAGCAAUGCUUCCAUGGCCACCGAACGAGCCGCCAUCAUUGAAGAGGCCCUUGGCGCCCUCGCCAGCAACAUGUCUACCGUCCAACCGAAAGCGUCGACCAUUGCUUCCCUACACUCGAUCCUGCCGCAAUCACUGCAGUUAGAACGGAUUCUUGGGACCUUGCUCCAUGACCAACUGCCGCUCUGCUACGACGGCCUGGUUCCCGAUAUGGAUGCUAUGGAUCUGCACGGUGUGAUAUCUGAAUCAAAUAGGCGAUGGUCGAGGUGCAUCGUCCGCCCUGAAUCCUUCGUGUCCAUUGAAGAGGUCCUCAAGUCUCAACACUGGUCAGACGCCACCGCAGAUAUCGUUGUCAGCCUCGUGUAUCGGCAGCCCUCCGCCCGUAGCGCCGUGCUAGAGUGGCUGAACGACGACGUCACCGCCGUGUGCACAACACACCAUCUUGCUCGUGUCUUAUUCGCCCUGGUCGACUGUGGAUUCCUCGUGACCUCUACCGAACACGAUAUCACCCACCUCGUCCAGCACUAUCGCAAAGUUGUGCGUGGUCUCGCUCGCGGCAAGCACACUGAAGACACCGGACGACUGGGCGCGUUGUACCUCAAGACGGCAUGUGCGAUGACCGAGCACUUGGGGUCCAUACGCGGGCAGCUGAUAGCAACACUCCAACGGGAAUGCGAGAAAAUGAACUCGGAUGCAGUGUCUUUCUAUCUCCUCCGAGUGCUAGCAGUCCUGUGCCAAGAGGUGAAGACUGAGGUUACCGAGGUUGCCGAAGAGCUGACGGCCAAAGCACUUCCGUGGGCAGUGCGGCUGCUCGCCAGUGGGGAAGCCAUCACUUCGGCGGAAAUUGAGGCAUUAACAGAUCUAGGCACCAUUGCGUCGGCCGUGCCACCAAAGAGCCAUUUGGUCGAACCUGUUCUCACAGCCGUGGCGCAGCAAUGUCUCGGUAACGUCUCCGCCAUCCACUUCGCGCAGGUUCUGGUCCAGGCUACCCCAUCAUUGAAGCCCUUUUCGAUCAACAAGUUCCUGCAGAGCAUCGUGCAGCACCCUCAGCUUUACGCGUCCUGUGGUCAAGACGCUCUCGUCCGAGAUGCAACCGCAGAACUGCUGCUUGUUCUCUUCCGGCUACACCCUGCAAAUACAUGCCAGUCGACGCACAUCGAGCCUUUGCUCCGGCUGUACACCGGAACACUCUCGGCGUCUGACAGGAAUAUACUAGCCAUUUUCCGCCUCUUCGAGUCCGUUCGCAAAACUUCCUGCUCGACUCUUCUCAGUCGCUGGUCCUCGUCGCCCGCUGGAUCGUCUUCCAGUGCGUUGGAUGCCGUAUUGAGCCUGGAUCCGAGCCGGGUCCUCAAAACGUGUCUUGACUUCCCGCAAUGUCGCCGGAUGUUGGAGGACGUGGAUGACGGGAAAGUAGCAGUCGACGCGAUAUACGACCCGGUCCUCCUUUUCUUGCUCUUGUCGCAGGCUCUGUCGUCAAGUCCUCCAUCAUCGGCUCUCAGCUGGAUACAGUUGUUCAGGACAAAUGUCGUCAGCCUCCUGAUUCGGGCCGUUUCCGCGAAGGAUGAGCAGCUACGAAACGUUGCACUGGCUCAGUUGGCAGCAUUGCACAAAACUCUUCAGGAUGUCGAUAUGCAGGAGCAGCCUCACGUGCUAUAUAUCCUGAACCUACUCAAAGAUGCUCUGUCCGAAGCCCCCAAAGACACCGUCCCGCGCUUACCCUCUUUUACUUCCCUGAUCCUUGGACACGCUCUCCGCGCCGUCUUCUAUCCGUCCAAUUUCAUCUAUCCUCUCUCAGCACGUUUCCUGAUGCAGCGGCCCAAGCUAGACACAACUGACGUGCCCAUGCUGUUUGGCAUGCUCUACAGCUCCUCGGAACAAUGGAAGAAGGAACGAGGCUGGAUCGUCCGGUUCCUGAGCGAUGCGAUGGUCGGGUCCGACGAGUGGAGGAUCAUGCAGAGGCGGCACACAUGGGAUCUGCUAGCGAGCUUGUUUCAGAGCGAAGAGCGGGAUCGUGCAUUGAGACGCGGGAUCCUGGAGGUGCUGGCAAACAUCACCUGCAAUGCCCGCGCUACGACCUCGCUCGUCCUCAAGUCCGCGCUGUUGCCGUGGAUCGAGAUGCAAAUGAGGAGCAUGAUACAGGACGACCCACUAGCAUGGACCAAGAUUUUGGCCAAUAUCGUAUCUGUCGUGGACCCCUCCAAAAUAGAAGCUGCGACAAGUGGUGAAUGGCGCUUGAUCUUAGGUAGAUGCGUCCUUAGCAUCCUGAUCAGCCCUUCGUGCACUGUAUCAGUCUUCCCAUAUCUUACGGACGUACUCCUCCGGGUUGCGCUCCUACCCGGCACACCUGCACUGGAACUCGGUCACCUUCUCGCGCCAUCUUUGGCAUGGCUCGAGAAAAUGGAAGAGUGUAUACACGUCCCUUCAAGCCAACCGCUAUCCCGGGAUCAGGGCCGCCUCUCGUUACCUCCCUAUAGUUCACGCGAGCUAUUCGACCAUGAUCCUCAUGACUCUGUCCUGGCGUGGAGCGAUUGCGUGGAAAAAUUAUGGAGAACGUGCAUGACACAGGAUAUCAAGCGCGCAGACUGGGAUGCCUUGACGCACCGGCUAGUGGUGUGCAAUGCUAUCAAGACUGAGAAGAGUGUCGUAGGAGAAUGGGCGAGGCAGGAAACAGUCCGAAUCCUUGGUUGAGCGUGUUGGGUUUACAUUACAGAUAUAGCAUGCCUACCCAGUACCCAUAAUGUACCCAUAGUUCAGUGCGUACCCCGGAGCACAAUUGCAAAGUGUAGCAGAGAGGGUCAGUAAGAACUGAAGGUACCGAGGCUUCGAAGUAUUGAACGUGA